CAAGAUGGACUGGCAUCAAAGUUCACUUCUUUAACAAAAGUACUUUAUGACUUUAAUAAAAUAUUAGAGAAUAGUGGGAUCCAUGGAAGCCCUUUAUAAAAACUUGUGAUAGAAAGUUUUGAUGAUGAGCAGACUUUGCAACAACUGGAAUUGCAAAAUGAACCAAUUUUACAAUGCUUCCAAAAUGCAGUUAGUGAAACAGAGAUGAAGAUAUCAGUCUUCACUCCCAGAGAGUGAAGAACAGGAGCGUGAAGAGGCUGGUUCAGAGACAGAGGCGGGUGGCCAGGAGGACCUAGAAGAUUUAGAGGAGAAAGAGGAAGUGUCAGAUAUGGGUGGUGAGAAUCCUGAAGUGGGUAAGAAAGCUGAAAACUCAAGCAAAUUUGAACUGAGGAAAAGCCCAGUUUUCAGUGAUGUGGAUUCUGACCUUGACUUUGAUAUCAGCAAAUUGGAACAGCAGAGCAAGGUGCAAAAUAAAGGACAUGGAAAACCAAGAGAAAAGUCCACAGUAGACGAGAAAUUCUCCCAGCUCUCUGAAAUGGAGGCCUAUUUAGAAAACAGAGAAAAAGAAGAGGAACGAAAAGAUGAUAAUGAUGAUGAGUCAGGUAAAAGUUCCAGAAAUGUGAAGUACAAAGAUUUUUUUGGUCCAGUUGAAAGUGAUGAAGACAUAGCAAGUGAUCGUGAUGAUAAGCUGGGUUCAAACAAGAUGAUGAAAUUGCUGAAGAAGAAGCAGAAGAACUAAGCAUUUCUGAAAUGUGAGUAUUUUGAACCAUCCUUUACAUUGUGAGCUAGAAUUGCCCAAUCAUGUGUUUGUACUUGUGGUUUUCACAUACGUUUGUUUUUGGAAGUUAGAUUCUCUCCUAUCAGAUAUUCUCAAGAUAGCCAGAGGAAAGUCACUGGAUUUAAAGGGACAUUAAAGAUCACUUAAUGAAGAAAAAUAUUACUG